AUGGAGCUUCCAUACGUCAUUUUUACUCUAACCGAAACGCCCUUUUUGACUACUUUACGAAUUUGGAAAAGCAAAUUCAAUGUGAAUAAACUUACGAGACGAAAACAAUCACAGCUCGUGUCUCAUGAGCCCAUAAGGAAGAUCGGUGAAGAACCAAAGCACGUUCAAGAAAAACACCGUAGAGCUCGAGUCAGUCCACACAAGAGACCUCCAAGUUCAAUAUGGUCAAAAUACCUCGGAUUAUCGGAAAUGGAAGAGCUGAAUUCAUUUACCGAGGGAGAUUUUCUGAUGAUAAUAUCAAAGAUAUUGAAAUUGGAUAGAAAGUGGAAAUCGCAAAACAUUAUAUAUUGGAUGGAACGAGUCUGCAAAGACAUAAAGAGGAUUGGAUUGCGAUUAAACAAGCACACAUAUGAAAAAAUAAUUAACGCGUACGCCAGAUUUGAUCUCGUUAGGGCCGAGUCAAUACUUGCAGAAAUAUUCGAAGAAAAUAUUGUGCCCACACGAGGCACAUAUCACAUACUAAUAUACGGAUAUGCGAAAUUGGGAAAAAUACAGAGAUGCCUGGAACUUUUUCGGGACAUGAAAAAACAUUUAAUCCGGCCGGAUCUGAAAACAUACAACACACUUAUCUUAGCAUACGUAAACAAUAAUGACAUUAAAAAUGCAUAUAAUUUAUUACAUGAAAUGGAUCGGCACAAUGUCAAGCCAAAUAUAAUCACAUUUAACACCAUCAUUCAUGGAUUGCUAAAAUUUCACGAUUUUAAAGGAACCGAGAGAUGUCUCGAAGUCAUGCAGACUUUCGGGAUAACUCCAAACGUCAGGACUUUCAAUACUUUAAUGUCAGGCUAUCUUGAUGUCGGAGAUGUGCGAGCGAUAGAAAAGAUUUAUCAUAAGAUGCUCAAAUUAAAAUUGCAACCAGGCCCGGAUACUUAUCACACAUUGAUGUUAGCGCUCAUUCAAAUGGGAAAAACACAACAAGCUCUCAACGUUAUGGAUCACAUCAUUAUUCGUCGCCUACAUGUUGCAAGAACGUUCAACAUCAUUGUCAACAUGUACAUCAAAAUGAAAGAUUUUUCUAUGGCGCGGGAGACACUUGCUCGGAUGCGAUCGAUGGGCCUACAUCCGAAUGUGAUAACGUAUAGCACAUUCAUCUCGGGUUGUGUGAACGAGCGGAAUCUCGAUGAAGCGAUGAAAUAUUUCGAUGAAAUGGUAGAGCAAGGGAUUAGCCCUAAUUUAUUUGUGCUCAACAUCCUCUUGAAAGGUUAUUUAAGCGUGCAUGGGAUGAAAGGAGCAAACUCCAUAAUCUUACGGAUGGCCGAGUACAACGUCAUUCCUGAUCAGGUCACAUACAAUAUCCUUAUACAACACAUCAAAGAGAGAAAUGGCGAUUAUGAUUUUGAAGAGGCGAUGAGACAAUAUUUUGAAAUGCUUGACAAAGGUUUCAGACCUACUAACCGAACAUUUAACACAAUCCUUGGUCUGGCAAUGAAGAAAGAUAUACAUGAACAUAGAUUUAAAUCUCGACUCAUAACAUUCAAUGAUCGAACUAAUAAUGGAAAAUCGGAGGGUGCGAUGGAAACAAUUCUGAUGGAAAUGAGGAAAAAACAUUUUGUCCUGGAUGUUAUCACCUAUGGCAUUCUAAUGAAAAACUUUAUAUAUUAUCGAAACAUGGAAGGGGCAGAAAAAUUGAUCCAAAUAAUGCAGCAUAAUGCAGUCAAGCCGAAUCAAUUUAUCUUUAAUAUAUUGUUGGAUGGGUACACCAAGAUACCCGACAUGGAUCUGGCGGAGAUGACGGUCAAAAGAAUGCUGAAUUGUGGAUUUCGUAAGACCAUCCACGUCUAUCACUCCCUCAUCAACGGUUAUGCUAAUGCGGGUAACAUCGGAGCAGCCUGCAAAGAAUUUGAGGAAAUGAAACAAGUUGGAAUAACGCCGGAUAACAUUAGUUAUACGUCUCUGGUGAAUAUGUUUGCCAACAAUAGACAGGUGAAUCGAGCUCAACAAGUAUUUGACUACAUGAAUUCACAGGGAGUACAUCUAGAUUUGAUUAGCUUCACCGUACUUAUGAAAGCCUAUGCUCUGGUGGGUAAUGUCAGGGGUUGCAAUUCUACAUUCGCUCGGAUGAUCUCCGCAGGUUACGAACCGGAUAGCGUGGUUAUAUUAAUUAUGCUCACCGCUUAUAAUCGUAGCGAAGAUAUCAACGGUGCCAUCGAUUAUUUAAGGAAUCCCAGAGUGGUUGGAAAUCUUGGCACCUGGCAUUAUAAUACUCUAUUAAGUAUGCUCGCUCGAGACAGAUUCCUGACAAAAGGGACAUUUAAAUUGUUUAUGAAAAUGUUGUGCAGUCACGAUCAAUCAUCAGAUUUUCCUUUUGUAACUGAGCAACUCGACGAUGAAACUAACGAUUCCUCUCGUUCUUCGCCUACGUAUACCGAAUCCAAAUUUCCAUCUCCUGACAUUGACAGUAUUCACAUAGUGGUGAGCCACUUUAAUCGUAAUCGUCAAUGGAACUAUAUCAUGAAAUUAUGGGAUGAAUUGUGUGAAAGAGAAAUCUCCCCACGUACCGUUGAUUAUAUUGUAUUCAUGAGAGCAUUUUCUAAAAUCAAGGAGACGGAAAAAAUGAUGGAGCAGAACUUCGUGAUGGUUAAGGAAUCCGAAAUCUCUACAAAUGAAAGAAAUUUCAUAUUAUCUAGCCUGAAGGAAAGAAUUCGCCUUGAUGGUCGAGAUCUAGGAGAUUUUAGACCCUUAAGUAUCAUACUUGGUCCAGAAAAAGGACGUUCAGAAGUUAGACUUGGUGGCACAAAAGUAUUGUCUAAGGUAUCAUGUGAAGUCACCAGACCCUACCUGGAACGUCCCUCGGAAGGGAUUCUAAUAAUAAAUGCAGAGCUGUCCCCAAUGGCAUUCCCGGAAGAGGAAAUUCUUGUAAGUCGAAUCCUUGAGAAGGCAUUGAAAAUAAAUCACGCUAUAGAUCUGGAAGGAUUGUGCAUCAUUCGCGAAAAAAAAGUAUGGACGAUUCGUGUCGACAUACACUUUCUUGACAACGACGGCAAUAUAAUUGAUGCCGCGUGUAUCGCAGCUAUUUCGGCACUCUCUCAUUUUCGAAGACCUGAUGUCACCGUUGCCGGAGAUGAUAAUUUAUGGGUCGUAGAUCCCUGUUUACAAGAAGAGCAAAUACGUCAAGGUGAUAUGACAAUAACAAUAAACGAUCACCAGGAAAUAUGUGUUUUGUCGAAAGCUGGUGGUGUGCCUUUGGCCAUGGACCAAAUUGUACAAUGUUCGAAAAUCGCGACGCGUAAAGUGGAAUCAAUAACAGAGAAGAUCCGCGCGGCUUUAGAUGCCGAUAGAAUUAGGAGAUCGCCCCUGAAUAGUAAAUUGUCACCUGCUGCCAUGUAA